GGCAUCAUGCAGGUCAGUGGCUCACCGUUUCUCAAGCCCUUCUUUCUGAAGACACCUGUCAGAGUGGUCAACCCCCUGCGACAGAGACGACACACACUCCCAGCCAGCGAGUUCAGGAACCUCACGCCGCAGGAUGCCAUCAGUGUAUUUGAAAUUGAGAGAGAAGCGUUUGUCUCUGUGUCCGGAGAGUGUCCACUUACCCUGGAUGAAGUGCUUAACUUCCUGGGUCAAUGCCCUGAGUUGUCACUGGGUUGGUUUGAGGAGGGACAGCUGGUAGCUUUCAUCAUUGGCUCUGGCUGGGACAAGGAGAGACUUUCACAGGAGGCAAUGACUCAGCAUGUCCCAGACACCCCCACUGUGCACAUCCAUGUGCUGUCAGUGCACCGUCACUGUCGCCAGCAAGGCAAGGGCUCCAUCCUGUUGUGGCGCUACUUGCAGUACCUGCACUGUAUGCCGGGCCUCCGUCGAGCUUUGCUGAUUUGCGAGGACUUCCUGGUGCCCUUCUAUCUCAAGGCUGGCUUUAAGGAGAAAGGAGCAUCAGCCAUCUCUGUAUCCAACAUGCACUUCCAAGAGAUGGAGUACAUGCUCGGUGGGCAGGCAUACGCACGGCGGAACAGUGGCUGCUAG